AUGUUGCCACAGUCGAUGAAAAGAUCGAGACAUAUUCGUUCAAUUGAUGACAUUCCAGUGGAAGUAUUGCUCAUGAUUUUUAGACGAUGCGAACCACUGGCUUGUUUUCGAGCUCGUUUAGUUUGUCGCCGCUGGCGUACUGUAAUUGACAAAAUGGAUAAAGAAAGUCGUGAAGCAAUUCUUGGCGAAGGACAAGCCCGUUUGUAUAUAUGCGAUCGACGACGAGCCAUCCUAGAAAAGUUCAGCAGUCUUCCGUCAUGUUCCAACUCUGUCACUGAGCUAAUAACAGCACGUAAAUCCGUUUUUCAUGCGGAUUGCUACGCACAUACUGCGUUCAAUAACUGGACCUAUCGUUUCGACAUGACGGAAUGGACACGUAAUUUCGAUAUCAUUGAGGUGUGGGUGCAAAAUUUUGGCGCUUUUCUGGAACGUGACCAGGGAUGUCUAAUUUUUGAUAAUGCAAUAGCUCUUCCGGCGUUAUGCAAUCAAGCAGCAAAUAUUAAUUCAGAAAAUAAAAUUUCUUUCAGUGCUUCUUCGCCCACAUCUCGUGCAUCAUCGCAAUCACCACAUGCUUACCGAAGUGGUGGAAGUUCAUCUGGAUCGUUUUCAUACGCUGCCAGUGUGCCAUAUAAUUUACUUCCGUCAAGUCAGAAGAAAUCUCAGAUUAUACCUAGCGUUGCAUCCACUGCUAUAUUAAGCGAAAGUAUGAGCGCUGAAUUAACGAGACUUUCUGACGGACGUUUUGAGAGACUUGCUGAGCAAUUGCACCAAAUUCAUCCACUUCAUCUGAUUUUCCAUGAUCUGUCAUGGUAUCAGAAAAGACCGACAUUGCUUUUGUUUUGGUUUUUAAAGAAGUUGCCAAACUUACGUCGUUUGACUCUUCAUUCAGUUCGAGGCGACCAAAUGAUCGAGUUACAUAGGGUCUUCUGUGUAGAUGGAAUUGAUGAAUUGAAUAUUAUUCAACCGACUUAUAAUGCAUGCAUUAUUGUUAAUGAAGGCAUUUUCGAUGCAUUUCUGCAAGUAAACAGUCCAAUACGUCGAAGAUUCCGUUUGCGCAUCACUGGUAAAACUGACAUUAAUGCUUCCACUCUUUGCAAUUUCAUCCGUAAAUGGCGAAACCAUCGAGAAAUCGUACCAUUCCAUAGCAUUCUCAUUGAUGAAGCAUGUGUUUCAUCAUCGGAAUUCGUUCAUGCAACAAAAUGUCCAGGAUGUAGUAAUUGCGGUGGUGAGGUUCUACGACAUAAGUCAAACGGUACCACCUGGAAUACCAAGCAACUUAUUUUCCGACAUCGUAAAUACAAUGUUUGGAUUAAUUAUAAAUCUGAGAGCGGAUAUCUUAUAUUCACCUAUUACAAUCCUAAAGACAGCAACCAUUUUACGGUGAAAACAGUGGAACCCGAAAGCACCGUUGUUUCAUUCUACUCGUCUGCACCAAUAUCUCUAGAAAAACCGGAAGAAAGUGAUAUAGCUGAUCGUACUUGGUCACUAUUCAAGAAACCAGCGACUGCUGUAGAUGAAUUAACAGUGUUACAACGAAUCUUCGCUUUGAUUAGAAGCAGUGCUUAA